UAAUGGUGAGGUCGUGGUGCCUUGUUAGGUUUUGAAUGUGGUAUCCGUCACUUGUCAUGGCAUCCGGUGUUUUGAUGACCACUGUGCAGCUUGUUGCUUCUCAUAACUAGUCUUGAGAAGUUUGAUGUUGAGGUAAGUCUCCGCUGUAGUCAUUCCCGCGAAGAAGUCGUUAGUUUGAAAAUAUUGAGAGACGCAAAUUUCCAGAUGUUUUCUGUGAAAGUAAAUACCACGUGGGUAAACUUUCAGAAAGCAGCCCUAGUGAGCCAGUUAAUGGAAUAUGUUUUGAAUAUAAUGAGCAUGAACCAUACGUUUGCUUUAAAGUUGUUGAUUUGAGCACAAGUGACAAAAUGUAAGCUUUUCCCAUUUUGUCACUGUUCUGCAGUGCUUACUAGCUCAUGUGUCAUACGUGCUCCUGCAUUUAUUUAUAUGCUUAUACAUCCAUAACACACCAGACCAGUGGAGCAACUCUUAACCUUUAAGUUCUGCACAUGGCUGCUCUGGUGAAUUAAACCUGCAGUUUGAGAAGAGAGUGGUCAUCAAGCGCUUUCCAUUUGCUUUUUUUAAUGGCAGCCUGCCUGUAGAGGUCGGUGUGUGAGUGAUGCCCUCAGGGGUCAUUAGUGAUGUGUUGUUCUGGUAUGGCCAGGGGUGGAAUUGGGGAUUAAGAACGUGUGGGAGCUCAAUAAAGUUCCUAGCAGACAUACGUGUUCUUUUAUAAGACUUUCCAUUUCUCUUUAGCUUUUACAAAUUGGAUUUUACAAAUUGGUGAGUUAGUUCCACUGCCUGGAAUGAAAGAUGUUUUCCCCCCAAAUCCACCCUGGAUGAUGGCAUGCCAUUUUGAGCUUCUCCAUUUGUGGCUGUGUAUGUGUGUGUCCCUUCUUAGGUCAGGUAUCUCUAAAAACAAGUCCCAAGCACAGAGCUCAAGUGCCAUCUUUGCAUGAAAUUCUAUGGGAAUCCCGGUGUUAAGCUGUUCUCUGGAUAAGUGGUCUGUGGGGACGCUGCAGUGGGACACAGACCCCUCUGUGCUGCAGCUGCAGGCUGAUUCUGAGCUCGGGCGCAGGAUGCAGAGACUGGGAGCCUCUAAGAUCACACAGGUAGACUUCCUUCCCAAAGAGUUGGUCUCUUACUGCAAGGAGACACAGACGCCACUCACCGCCCACCUGUCUGAAGUAGAGGAGGAAGAGGAAGAUGAGGAGAUGAUGGAGGCGAAGCCAGGCCCUGAGUCGGAGCAGCAGGAUGAAGAUGACAACAGGGAAAACAAAGAAGGCUCAUUUCCAGUCCUGCGGGAGCUGACGGAGGAGGAGAGGCAGCAGAUCCUGCACUCCUCUGAGUUUCAGAGUUUCUUCGACUGCAGCAUCCGGGUGAUGGAGAGAGCGCUGGCCGAAGACGGCAACAUCUUCUUCGACUACAGCGGCCGGGACCCGGAGGACAAAGAGGGAGACUUGGGUAGCGGCUCCAGUCUGUCCUUCAGUCGACUCUUCUACGAUGAACACUGGUCGAAACAUCGUGUGAUCACCUGCCUUGACUGGUCUCCUCAGUAUCCUGAGCUGCUGGUCGCCUCCUAUAACAAUAAUGAAGAUGCUCCUCAUGAACCGGAUGGUGUUGCCCUCGUAUGGAACAUCAAAUUUAAGAAGGCCACACCAGAGUACAUCUUUCACUGUCAGUCUCCUGUAGUAUCUGUGGGCUUUGCCAGGUUUCAUCCCAACCUGGUGGUGGGGGGGACUUACUCGGGACAGAUCGUCCUGUGGGACAACCGCAGUCACCGACGGACCCCCGUCCAGAGGACUCCUCUGUCUGCUGCUGCUCACACUCACCCAGUGUACUGCGUGAACGUGGUCGGCACCCAGAACGCCAACAACCUGAUCACGGUGUCUACAGACGGCAGGAUGUGCUCCUGGAGUCUGGACAUGCUUUCCCAGCCACAGGAGACCAUGGAACUGGUGUACAAUAAAUCCAAACCCGUGGCGGUGACAGGCAUGGCAUUUCCCACGGGAGACGUUAACAACUAUGUGGUCGGGAGUGAGGAGGGCACUGUGUACACUGCGUCCAGACAUGGCAGCAAGGCGGGUAUCUGUGAGAUGUUUGAGGGCCACCAGGGGCCGGUGACGGGCAUCAGCUGUCACAGCGCAGUGGGCACCGUCGACUUUUCCCACCUCUUCAUCACAUCCUCCUUCGACUGGACCGUCAAACUCUGGAGCACCAAGCACAACAAGCCUCUGUACUCGUUCGAGGACAACGCCGACUAUGUGUAUGACGUCAUGUGGUCGCCCGUGCACCCUGCGAUCUUCGCCGCCGUGGACGGCAUGGGCCGCUUAGACCUGUGGAACCUCAACAACGACACUGAGGUACCAACUGCCAGUGUGACCAUUGAGGGCGCUUCGGCCCUCAACAGGGUCCGCUGGUCAUCGGGGGGGAAGGAGGUGGCUGUGGGAGACUCAGAAGGCCGAGUCUGGAUCUACGAUACUGGAGAGCUGACAGUGACUCACCCUGACGACUGGGGGCGCUUCGCUCGUACGCUGAUGGAGAUUCGCGCUAACCGGGCGGACGGCGAGGAGGAGGGGCCUAUGGAGCUGGCUUCAUAGAACAGGACUCCAAACCAAAGAGGAGGCAAUCAGAGACCAGAGGGGUGUACUACGAAGCGAGAUUAAUGGGUUAACGAGGUAUGUUGAGCCCAAAGUCAGAGUUUUCAAUGUCAGGAAGGUGGCUCUCUUUUAACCUGGCUAGAUCGCCAUGGUAACUUAUACUGCACACCAAACCUGCUCUGGAGGAGGUUAUGUUUAGAGUUUCGGAUUAAAAUCUGCUAUAAAAAGCACCACCCUUUCACUAAUCAACUCUUUUGGAAAUGGCGUCACCAUUCUUGCGAAAUGGAGGGAGUGUUUAGAGAUCGAAUAGAUCCGCUGGCUUUUCCUGAUGAUAUUCUCUAUGAGGGAUAUAGAUUCUCAGCUGAGGGAAUACGUUAUAUAUGCAAACUGACUAUGUAAUGGCACGUUUCCACCAAGCAGUUCAGUUCGUUACACAUUAGAAUGGUUAAUUUACGGUUAUUUUUUGCGUUUCCAUUAGCAAAAGCUGUGGAUGGUACCAAUAGAACGACUCCAUUCUUGGUAACACCUCGGUCAACGUUCCAAGCGAGCUGACUCGAUACCAGGAGGUGGAGUUAAAACACUGCAGACCACUGACUGGUCAGAGAGAAUCGUCACUAGCGCGACACGGGACAUCUUGCACAAACCCGCUAUUUGUAAAUAGCCAAGCUGCCGUCACUAGCGGCCGCAAUUUUUAAUUCACUCAACCCAGAUUUUAAAAAAUGGCCCUCUAAAAUCCCAUCUACACUGAUGGUAUCCGCAGUGGAAAAAACGGCUUGAUAGGAAGGACAUGGUACCAAGCAGAGCAUAGCGGUACCAUGCAGUAAAAACACGCUUUUAGUUAUGCCACCGAACAGAGCCGUACAUGCAUUCAGUUUGUGAUACAAAACGUCUGGGCAGGAAUACUGUACGCUUCAUAUACAGGUUGUUCUUGCUCUCAUUGCACCACUGAAUAUGUUUGUAGUGUUCUCUGGUUAUUUGCCAACACUGGCUAUAAAAGAAGCCUUCUAUAAAAUCCCAGGUAGCAAACAUUAAUAGUUCACUGUAUUAUUAAUCAGCAUGACGUUUACUUGCAUAUGCAGUAUAAUUUUUUCAUAGGAUUCCCUAUGGUCAUAAGUGUAAUAGAUUGCACCCAAAUACCAUCACUGGAGCCUUAGGGGAACAUGAACAUUGUUAAUAGAAACCGCAUCAGUUGUGUAGUCUGGUGGAGCUACCCCGCUCCAGUCUUCGUCCUCUCAUUAUUUUUUGCUUCAGGUAAUAUUAACACUUUAAAUAUUACACAGCAUAUCAUCCAUUCACUAAAAGAAUGAUGAAGGCACAGCAGCUACAUACCACUUUGGAUUAUAUUUUUAUGCUUGGUUCUGAUUUGCUGCAAAGUUCAUUUACAAUGCUAUCAAUCAUAACGACCAGUUCCUCUUGACUGAAGUAGGCAGCACACGAUUGGUCCAUUUUGUGCAGAAGACUGUAACGGCCGGGACACACUGGACGCAUGAGCAACACGGGACGGCUGCCUCGCUGAACUGCUGUGUCUCUCGUGCGUGGUGUCCACAACCGGCAGCGUUUCUGCUGCUGUGCUGCUGCUUGCCAGCCGUUUCUAGAGUUUGCCUUUCAUAAUGGUCAUUUCAUUUCAUUAUAAAUGUCAUUUAUAUUUAUUCUAGACAGAAAAAAAAAGGUUAAGGAGCUUGUGCUCAUUUGUAAAUUACAGUAAUAAUCCAAAAUUAAAAACUGGAACUCUAUUCAUUUAUGGAACCUUGCAAGUCACUGCAUUUUCCACAACACUGUCCUGUAAAUAUUUCAGAAUAAAAGCCUUGUGUUAACAAAUGAAGGGAUUUUGUCCACAGAAAAAAAAUACAAGAGGGCUUUUAUUUUGAAAUGAAAACAGGAAGUGUUGAGUUAAAAAUAAAUAUUAACUUGUUUCAUGUCUGUGACUUUGAAACUGUAGUAAUGCUGCUGGUAUGAUGUCAAUAUAAGGUCAAAUGAUCAUUUCACUCUAUCUUUGCUGUAACCCGCGUGCGACAUGCGGUAAAAACAGGCGAGACCUCAAAUCUCUAGAAGAGACACAGCUGACACGCAUCCGAGCCACUCGGGCUGUGUGGCUGCUCUAACCUGUUAACAUAAAAUAAAAAGCAAGAGGUUCCGGGAUGCACACACGCUGAUUACGCGUUCCGUGUGUCCCGGCCGUAAUGACGCACCAAACGCCCCCUUUUAUGGGAAUACGUACCGAGCCUGAGACAGUUGAUAACCACCGUCGUGAUACCGACUAUCUCUGAUUUUGUCGAGCCAGCUAACGCAAAGAAAGCCCUGCUAUGUCGAACUUGCUUCGUAGUACACCCAUCUGGUGUGCGUUUAUCGGUGUCACUGUAGCAUGUGCGUCUCAAUCAGAUCUGUUUUGUUUCUUCACCUUUAUGUACAUGAUCCUGUCUGGUCCAAACAAGGCCACGAUUUUAAUGUAUUAUUUAAUUUCAUGUAAAUGCAAACUGUCUGUUAAUGGUUAAACUGUUGACCUCUACUGAUUUGUCCGCCCUUAUUUUUUUCUUUUAAAAGGUGAUUUGUUGCUUGCACCCCGUGAGCCUACAGUAUAUACAAAGUGGAAGUCUUAUAGCCUUAUGAAGAUAUGUGUACUGUGAAGAUGCUUUGCACUACUGUAAAAAUAAAGCAGGGUCCAUAGACUAGUCAUGUAUUGUUUACAAAAUGUCAUGUUCACUUUAUGUUGUGCUUCUUUUCUCUGUAUUAUGCCUGCAUGCGACACAUUCCUGAAAUAUUCCAGAUGCGUAAUCAUGGGAGUUAUUAUGGUGACGUUUCCACACGUGGGGCUUUGUGGCUGCUUUAUGUCAGUGUUUCAGGGUGACAGAAACGUGUGGUAUUGGCACUUUGUCUUUCGUUCUGAACGAGAACUGUAUAUCCUAUAAUGAACUGUUGAUUAUCGAGAGGUAUAUUGUAACGCGGAGUGCUGGCUGUUAACCUUGCUGUGUUAACUAUUAAAGCAUAGCUGAUGAA